AAAUUUUUAUAAAAUUUGUUAUAAUUUUAAAUAAUAACAAUUCUAAUAAUGGCUAAUAAGGAUAAUAAGGAUAAUACAAAUAAUGCUAUAAAAGAGACACAAAAAGAGUUUAAAAAUACUCAAAAUAUAACUAAAAUUGAAGAUUUUGGGUUAAAUAAUAUGGAUUUAUAUAGAGGAGACACACCAACUGAUAUCAAUGAUCAAUGCUUACAGUUAUGUAAAGAUUAUCUGUCGGGUGAAUGGAUUCAACAAACAGUGGACACUAUUACUAUCAAACGUAUUACGGGUGGACUAACUAAUCAGUUAUAUUAUUGCGGUAUUAAUGAACCAAAUCCGACAUCAAAAGUACCACAAGAGGUGGUCAUUAGAUUUUACGGGAAAAAACAUAUCAAAAAUAGCAGCGAUAACUAUGAAAGACUUUCCGAUGUUAUCAUUGAUUUGAUGGUAUCUGAAAAUCAGCUUGGUCCUAAAGUCUAUGCUAUAUUUGAACAUGGACAAAUUAUAAAAUAUUAUAAACAUAGACAGUUCAAAAUUGCUGAACAAAGUAAUCCUAAACUGGUUGAUGAAGUGUUCCGCAAAUUGGCCCGAAUUCACGCCAUGGAUGUGCCCAUUAAACGUACAAAUACUCGUUUGGAUAGAAUUGAUGAAUGGUAUAGAUUUGCAUUUGAAGGCAAUUUUGAUAUCAAAGCAAUAUUUGAAGCAAACAAUUGUCAAACACUAUUAAAUGCUGACAUUAAAAGCGAAAUUGAUUUUAUUAAGGAUGUAAUAGUAAAAGCCGACAGUCCUAUUGUGUUCAAUCACUGUGACUAUAGAUCAAGUAAUUUAUUAGUUACUGAAUCGGCCGAUAAAACUGACGGUCCAAUAGUUGUCUGCGAUUUUGAGUACGGAUCGUACGGUUUCAGAGGUUUUGACUUUAAAUCACUGAUACAAGAAUGGGGUCGAAAACCGUUUGAUUACUCUGUUGAUGGCUUACCUCUUGAAGACUCAGUUUUACGUCCAUUGGUUGAGAUCUAUGUUAAUGAAUGCGAAAAAAUCUUUGGCAAACAAUUUACAGCAAAUGAAAUCAAUUCUGUGGAUCACAUCAUCAAUGAAAUCAAUUUAUUACAUUUGUUUUCACUUUUGUUUUUAACAAUAUUUUUUAUAAAAAUGGAUUUAGAAGACAAAUCAGAUAUAAAAACUAAUCCAUUUCUAUUCGCGGAAACAUUUCUUAAAAAUUAUUUGGUUCUCAAACAACGUUAUCAGGAAUUGAAUUUAGUAUAA